AUGUCGAGCCUGCUCAAUGGACCGACCACGGUAACGAUCUUCUCUAGCGAGCUACAGCACGUGCUGGAAGAAGCUGGCUAUGACCCUGACACCAAGACAGCAUCCAAAAGGCCUGCAACGGUAUUUGUUGGCAAUGCGUUGGCUGGGAUGGGUGACGUGCUGCCGUAUCUCCGUGUUAUCAAGGUACUCUCAAAGCAUUUGAGAGCAGAUUACCACAUCCUCCUCAACUACAUCUCUGAGCUGGCCGAAGUCAGGUCCACUCUUGAGACUGAACUGUACGAUAGCCCGAACCGGACUCGCAAGACCGACGUGAAGGUCUAUGCACAGCAAGAUGAAUGGGUGAAGGCUUUGGAGUCGGCGCCGAAUGUCGACACGGUUAUCUUCAACCAGGACAUCAAUUGGCUGAACGAACAUUGCAUCGAUAACGAACAACAGAUGUGGGUCAGGAUGUACGAAGCGGUGAAGAAGAAGAAUGCGGUCUUCGUUCAUCUGGAAUGCUUGUGGCAAGGCCCAGGUACCUCUAGCAAUGAUACGAGAUGGUCGAAACGACUUGAAGGCAAGAAAGCCACCGUGCAAGACUAUUUGGACUCGCUAGCGAAGCCGAAGGUCAACGCGGCGGAGGUGAAAAUGGGUCGAAGGAAGACGUUGCCUAGGCUCUUUCUGGAGUGCUAUCCGGCCUGGAUACUGACGGAAGAAGAACGGGCGAGGACGACCGGUAUCCUAUGUGGGGUGGUUGAGCCUUUGCUGCAUACGGACACAGAGAUACUGGACCAGACUCUUCUUAAAUUCUUGCAGAAGCAGCACGAGGGCAGUAAGAAGGUCAUUUUACUUGCUCGCGACGGCAGAAGUUCUCCUGCUUGUGUGAAGGAUCAGGAUAUAAGGACUUCCGAUAUGGUUCCAAUGCUCGCGAGUUUCUUGUUGCAACUCUCGGCUGUCGCUGUCGUGGCCCUCGGUCAACACACCAGCGAUCACAAGCUGCUACGAGAAGACGUCUUCACGGUUCCAUACCUGAGGGUCGACUUUGCGAAGUUGUUCCCACUGAUCGAUCUGGUCAUACACCAUGGUGGAGCCGGGACGACCUUCACAGCAAUGAAAAGCGGUACGCCACAAAUCAUCGUACCGAACGUCGACGAUUGCUCCGAUCAGUUGUUUCAUGGUGGCAAGGUUUCUCAGCUCGGCUGCGGAAUACUACUGCGGCCACGGAAGGAUAUCAUCGUCGAUCACGAAGACAUCGUUGAGGCAGCUCGGUCGCUUCUCAACGAGAUCGAUGGUUAUGUGUCACGGUGCAUAGAGGCAAGUCGAAAGAUGCAACAGGAAGAUGUAGAUGUACAUGGUCCGUGCUUGGCUGUACAAGGUCUACAGAGGAUUGUUCAGGCUGUUGUGGCGAUGAAGCUGGCUGGGACGUGGGAGGGAUGGACUCCGGACGUGUGUGCGAAGGAUCGGGGUCGUGGGACUGAAGAGGCGAAGGCUUUGAAGAAGUAUGGGACCAAAGGAAAGGAGUAG